AUGAAAAAUGGUUGGAAUAUAAUAAUGAACAAAAUUUAUUUUUUACUAGCUAUUCUUGGGAUAUUAUCUGUCGUGUCAUUGAAUUUAUAUAUGUCUAAUGAGAAUAUUAAUUUAAGUUUCAUUAAAUAUGAUUCAUAUAUAAGAAUAUUAAGCGAGAAAAAUCCAGAAGAUGAUCAAUUUAAAGAUCUUUGUAGGACCAAGUGUAGUAGUAAUUACAAUGAAGAUAUAGAUACAGAAACUGUUCAAAUGAAAAAUAUAUUAUUGGAAGAUAAAGAAGAGAAUCAAAUGAAUACGACUAAUGAGAAUCAUAUGAAUUUAAGGUCACCUUUUGAUAUAUAUGACGAAAUGCAAAACCAAGAUAGAGAAAAAGGAUAUAGAAACGAAAUGAAGGAAAGAGAAGAAAUGGAAGAAAGAGAAGAGCGUGAAAGGGAUGAAAUGGAGGAAAGAGAACAAAGUGAAAAGAAAGAAAGAAAAGAAAGAGAGGAGCGUGAAAAGAAAAAAAGGAAAGAAAGAGAGGAGCGUGAAAAGAAAGAAAGGAAAGAAAGAGAGGAGCGUGAAAAGAAAGAAAGGAAAGAAAGAGAGGAGCGUGAAAAGAAAGAAAGGAAAGAAAGAGAAGAACGUGAAAAGAAAGAAAGGAAAAAAAGAGAGGAGCGUGAAAAGAAAGAAAAGAAAGAAAGAGAAGAACGUGAAAAAAAAGAAAGGAAAGAAAGGGAAAAAAGGGAAGAAAAAGAAAGGAAAGAAAGGGAAAAAAGGGAAGCACAAGAAAGGAAAGAAAGGGAAAAAAGGGAAGCACAAGAAAGGAAAGAAAGGGAGAAAAAAGAAAAAAAAGAAAGAGAAAAAUGUGAAAGAAGAGAAAGGAAGGAAAGAGAAAAAAGAGAAAAAAAAGAAAGGAAAGAAAGAGAAAAACGAGAAAAAAAAGAAAGGAAAGAAAGAGAAAAAAGAGAAAAAAAGGAACGCGAACGAAGGGAAAAACAAUUAAGAAAGGAAAGAGAAAAAAGAGAAAAAAAAGAAAGGAAAGAAAGAGAAAAAAGAGAAAAAAAAGAAAGGAAAGAAAGAGAAAAACGAGAAAAAAAGGAACAGGAACGAAGGGAAAAACAAUUAAGAAAGGAAAGAGAAAAACGUGAAAAAGAGGAAAGGAAAUUAAGGGAAAAAAGGGAAAAACAAUUAAGAAAGGAAAGAGAAAAACAAGAAAAAAGAGAAAGGAAACGGUGUGAAAAGCAAGAAAAGAAAGAAAGGAAAAAGCGUGAGAAACAAGAAAGAAAAGAACAGGAGAAGCGUGAGAAACAAGAAAGAAAAGAACAGGAGAAGCGUGAGAAACAAGAAAGAAAAGAACAGGAAAAGCGUGAAAAACAAGAAAGAAAAGAACAGGAGAAGCGUGAGAAACAAGAAGAAAAAAACAGGGAGCAGCGUGAAAAACAAGAAGAAAAAAAAAAGGGAACAGCUUGUGAAACAAGAACCAAAAGAACAGGAGAAGCGUGA